AGAGUCAAUGAUUAUUGGGAAGUUGUUACCCAUACCUCACAUAAAAAGUGAGCAGUGCCAAAUGGAUGAAGAGCCUGUAAGAUAGUUGCUGAGUGUCAGCAGUAUCCAUUCGUAAAUAAUUCAACUGAGAGCCAAGUAUCUGCAGUAAAUAACAAAACGGAAGAACUGUAACAAGUUGGUAUCUCUGAGAACUUGCAAAACCUGAGAAGCUAGCCUGUUUAAAACAGGAAGCUAUGCUGUUUACUACCUGACUGGUGUAUGUGAUCAAAUGUUAUCUCUGUUUCAUUAGCAGUGAAACCUAAGUUACUACUGGACUCAUAAAGGACUUAGCAAAAAUCACCAGGUAUUGUUUUUUCUUUUUAUUCUCUUUUGGACAAGGACAUAUUGAAAUUCAACAGAUGUUUCUUAGAAGAUAUUUCCAGAGACAAAUAGAAUGGAAUUCAACACAGAUGAAAUCAAGACUGUGAUUGAAAGCUUUGAGACCACACCCUAUGAAUAUGAGUGGGCACCACCCUGUGAAAAAGUCAGCAUCAAAGAGCUGGGGUCAUGGCUCCUGCCUCCACUGUACUCCCUGGUGUUCAUCAUCGGCCUCCUGGGCAACAUGAUGGUUGUGUUGAUCCUCAUAAAGUACAGGAAACUUCAAAUUAUGACUAAUAUCUACCUGUUCAACUUGGCAAUUUCUGACCUGCUCUUUCUUUUCACUGUCCCAUUCUGGAUUCACUAUGUUCUGUGGAAUGAGUGGGGUUUUGGCCAUUACAUGUGUAAAAUGCUCUCUGGGUUUUAUUACCUGGCUUUGUAUAGCGAGAUCUUUUUCAUCAUCCUGCUGACAAUUGACAGAUACCUGGCUAUAGUCCAUGCUGUGUUUGCCCUUCGAGCGCGAACUGUGACUUUUGCUACUAUCACCAGCAUCAUCACCUGGGGCCUGGCAGGACUGGCAGCAUUGCCCGAAUUUAUCUUCCAUGAGUCCCAAGACAACUUUGGAGAGCUUUCCUGCAGUCCUCGCUACCCAGAGGGCGAAGAAGACAGCUGGAAGCGUUUCCAUGCUCUAAGAAUGAAUAUCUUUGGUCUAGCUCUUCCUCUCCUCAUUAUGGUUAUCUGCUACUCAGGAAUCAUUAAAACUCUGCUGAGAUGCCCCAAUAAAAAAAAACACAAGGCCAUCCGGCUUAUUUUUGUUGUUAUGAUAGUCUUUUUUAUUUUUUGGACCCCGUACAACCUGGUUCUCCUUUUUUCUGCUUUUCAGAGCACAUUUUUGGAGACCAGCUGUCAGCAGAGUAAACACCUGGACCUGGCCAUGCAGGUGACUGAGGUGAUUACGCACACCCACUGCUGUAUUAAUCCGGUCAUCUAUGCCUUUGUUGGUGAGAGGUUCCGGAAACACCUUCGGCUCUUUUUCCACAGACAUGUUGCAAUCUACCUGGGAAAAUAUAUUCCAUUUCUUCCUGGUGAGAAAAUGGAAAGAACAAGCUCUGUCUCCCCAUCAACUGGAGAGCAAGAAAUCUCUGUGGUGUUUUAGUUGGGCAGAGAAAACUGUCUGUCAUUCCAUGGACUGAAAGAUGAAGCAAACACAUUAAGUCAGUCGCAAUGACCUCUUACUCAAUCACUUGUACUUUCCAUGCAACACUGAUGCUCUCAAAGACCUGAAAACACACAUAAUGACUGCAGAAUAUUGUCAAGUACUCCGAGGUCAUUACUAGCUGGCCAGUUGACAAUUGAUCAAACAUGAAAAGGACAGCUUUUCUUGAUUCUCUAAAGAGUUACAAAUGUUCUGAUUCACUUAAAUGUUAAAUAAUCCAUUCAGGACAAUUAGGAAGAAAUAUUUAAACUUCUACUUUAGCCAUUUUUUGACAUUAGUGAAAUGUUUCACAAAAUACAUUUACUUCAUUUCCUAACAUAAGUGUGUUUUUUUUUCUUCUUGAUGAAUGGCUUUCUUUUUCCUCUUUUUUUUUUAAAUUAUUAUUUGUAUAUGGACUAUUGUUCUUGCAGGAGACUGGAUGUUAUAUCUUGUUUAAUUUUUCUUAAAUGUCAAAUGAAAUCAUAUUUCCUAUUAGUGACUGAGAGCAUCUUGGAAGGAACACAUUGUCCUCCUAAGUGCCAGUUUUAUGUUGAAAAAUAGUCUGGGGCCAUCUGUAUUGAGAAGUCCAGGUGUGGUGCUGUCGUUAAUUCUUCCUAGAUUUGACAUCAUAAGUACCUGGAGGAUAUAUUGACACAUGGACAGAUGACUCCUACUAUAGGAGAAGAGUAGAAAUUUGGAGAUAGACAUCAAGAUUAACAGAUAAAGUAAUACUGGAAACCCCUUUUAACCUGCCCUCACAUACCAAAUAGAGGAUGUACAAGAAAUGCCUAUGACAUCACACAGAGAGAAGUUGACACUAUGCAAAUAAGCCAUGAAUAAUAAGAAGUCGUAUGAUACAAUACUUUUAGGUGUCUUGUCUUUUCCCAGAUCAUUAGCCUACUUCUAUUCUCAGUAAUAUCUUUUUAUCUUUCUUAAUAAACUGCCUGUAUGUCUAUCAUUAUCUAUAUGUUCAUUAUUCUGGCACACAAGACCCUAGAAGUCUCAGGAUGUGUGCUCUGGAUUCAAAUGUGCACUUACAACAGCACUUCAGCACUUAUGAUUCAUGUUUGAAGUGAGGCCUGAGCAUCAACAAUAGGUUCCCAGGUGAUGGCCAUGAUACUUGUCCCAAGAUCACACUUUUAGAAUUGUGUUGUAACUGUGAUGCUUUCAGAGACUCAGCAAUUGAAACUGAGGAGUUCAUAAGUGUUGUAGGAAAAUAUGAGCCCUUUAGAUGUUUAUGAUAAGGUUAUAUGCCAUUAUGGUCAGCUAAUAAGAUAUGAUAGUCUAUCUGAAACAUUAUUGAGUUUUUCUUGAGUGUAUGUAUUUAGUACUCUGAACUAGAAGUUGUGAGAGACACAAAGAUUAAAGAGGAAAAAAAUGGAGUGGCUAUGGCUCAGGUCCCUUUCUCUCAUUCCUUUUCUUCUCCUGAUUAUAGCUUCUUGGGGAUGUAACUUCUAAGCUUUUACUUAACUUGUGUUUGUAAUAUGGCACUUUUCUUUUGGGUAUAACAUAGUCAUCUCAUGAUUAUUUUGAAGUAGAGAUUACCUUGGUCUAGUAACCAUGACAACUAUUUGAGCAGAACAAUAUAUAGGUAAGUAGUGAUGCUAUUGGAGAUACUGAUACUCCAUAGUAGAAGGAAAUAUGGGGUCACAUAGUACCCUCAUCUUGUAUUCCAACCAUUAUUCUGUCCUGCUACAACUUGCAUGUGAUCUUGGGAGAUGAUAAAGAUAUAUAAGAUUGGAAGAGUUAUUUCAAAGUGUGACUCCAUGAUUGCAUUUUCAUGAGGUCACUAUCCAUAAUGGGAUGGAAUUUUGUGAUGAGACAGCUGUUUGAGGGUAAUUCGUUCUUUUAAGUAUCCCUUCAUUAAUGCUCUGUAAGUAGGUUCAAUAAACUCAUUGGUUUGCUAAGUUGAA